CACUUCAUAACACAAGGACGGAUGGACGCGGCUGAAGGAAAACAAGACAGGAAGAAAAAAUUGAAACAAAUGAAGUAAAGUUAUGUUAUCGUGGUUAAUGUUUCCUAUAUACUCUUCAUCAUGUCAAGAUUUGUGGCUCCAGCUGUUGAUAUGUUUGGACUGGAUUAAAAAGGAGUAUUUGGCGAUUCAUUUUAAGGUACAGCUCUACAUAUCGUCGCGGGAAUACUAAUUCAAGCACACGGAAGCAACGUACUUACGCGGAAGCCCAGGGCCAGGCCAGGCUGGGCCCGUCGUUGCGGCGCUGGCCCCAUGAUCCAAUCAAGGAGGAAUGGCAAACCGACAAACUGGCAGUGGCAGACGGGUCAACAUGGAACAAACGGACGAGUCACUUUGUCCAGACACGUCCAUUACUAGACCAGAGCUAGAUGGAAGUCCAGCCUCUGCAGCAGGACAAGAUGAAAGCAACUAUGAAAACAAGAAGAACAAUGAAGAGGAGACAACAUGUCUACAGGAAGAAGAAAAUCAGAUCAGCGGGAAUGAGGUGGAGGACUUUGUUGAUAUGUACAUAGAAGAAGGAGUACCCUCUUCCGAUGAUGCUGGAGUUCGGAAUUCAGCCAUAACAUCGCUAUCGGAUGAUUCUCUUAGUGGAACCGUUGAGAACAGUUAUGAUGAGAAUUCUGAAGGUGAUGAUGGUGAUGGUUGGAUGAGAGAUGACAACCCUCAUACAGGUAAAAGCGAUGGACGGUUGGACGCAGAGCAAGAUGACAUCACUUUCAAAGAUGAGGAUAUUAUGGAGGAAGAUUCUCUUCAGGACAAUGACGAUCAUCAUUUUCAACUUGCAGACGAUGCAUACCUUGGAAUAGAGGCAGGGGAUGACAGAAAACACCCAGAUGACAUCGAUGGAAAGCCUGGGACAGCGAUUGCAAGCACGUCUUCAAAUGUUGACGGAAAUCCUUAUUACUGUGCAUAUUGUUCUCGACCAUUUUCAAAGAAAACUCAUUUUGUUGAACAUCUCCGAAUACACACUGGAGAAAAGCCUUUCCAGUGUUUAGAAUGUAAGAAGUCCUUCAUCACAAAGUCUCAUCUUACCAGACACACCAAGUUACACAGGCUAGACAAAACUAAUACUGGCAGGUAUACUUGUUCGUAUUGCCAUCUGGCAUUGCCUUCAGAGAAUCGUCUUAUUGCGCAUAUAAGAAUACAUACCGGAGAGAGGUCUUUUGAGUGUAGGUUGUGUAGUAAAACAUUCGCUAACAAAGGUCAUCUAGAUGAACAUAACAGAAUACACACUGGGGAGAAACCCUUCGAAUGUCCUAAGUGUAGUAAAUCAUUCAUUACUAAGUCUCACCUAAGGAGGCAUUACAAAGUACACACUGUAGAAAAGUCUAAGAAACGUCAUAAAUGUUCGUAUUGUGGUGCUGUAUUUUCUAGAAGGGUUCAUCUCGUUGAACAUGUAAGAUCCCAUACUGGGGAGAGGCCUUUUCCAUGUUCUAAAUGUAAAUGGUCAUUCAUGACAAUGUCGCAUCUAAGGAGACAUCUAAGAACACACAAACUAGACAAAACUUAUGUGUGUAAACACUGUGGUAAUAAGUUCUCUAAAAAGAAACAACUUGUUGAACAUGUUAGAAAGCAUGCAGGAGGGAGAAAGUUCCAGUGUACAAAGUGUGAUAAGUUCUUCACUAAACAGUCUCAACUCACAAAUCAUACAAAAAUACACACCAGAGAAGAAACAGAGCCAGUAGAAACACACCAUGUUGAAGAAAGCGUUCGAGAUGAACAUACAAAAACAAGUCACGGUUUUCAAGAUGCUUGCGGCAUUUCUUUAUCUGAAAACUUCCCCCUCGAUGAACACAUAAGGACUCGUACCAGGGAGGAGGUGGAGAAUUUUCAGUGUUCUGAAUGUGGUGAUGUGUUCACUUUAGAGUCAGAUCUUAUGGCACAUAAGAAAACUCAUAAAGGAGGAAAAUGUCUUCAGUGCUCGUAUUGUGGCCGUACGUUUACUGGUAAGAAUCAUCUAAUUGAACACGUAAGAACGCAUACCGGUGAGAGACCUUUUCAUUGUCCUCAAUGUGAUUGGUCUUUCAUGACAAAGUCGCAUCUAAGAAGACAUCUGAGAACACACAAUCUAGACAAAACUUAUGUGUGUAAACACUGUGGUAGUAUAUUUUCUAAAAAGAAUCUUCUAGAUGAACAUGUCAGAAAGCAUAAAGGUGGGAAAAGUUUCCCGUGUCUCGAGUGUGAUAAGGUCUUCACUAAACAGUCUCAUCUCACAAAACAUUCAAAAAUACACACCAAAGAAGAAACAGAGCCAGUGGAAACACAUCAUGUUGAAAAGCUAUAUGGGUGUACAUAUUGUUAUGUAACAUUCUCUGAAGAAAGUUUGCGAGAUGAACAUACAAAAAUUCAUACCUUACACAUUGCAGAAAGUCCAGAGAAAGAUCAUCAUAAAUGUUCUUAUUGUGGCUUUACUUUCCCUGAAAAGUGUCAUCUAGAGGAGCACAUCAAAACUCACAUUGGCGAAGAGGCAGAAGAGAAUUUUGAGUGUUCUGCAGGUAGUGAAAUAACACAUAUGACAAGUCAUGAUGUAGAUGUAAGUCUUGAAUGUUCAUACUGUGGCAGUUUAUUCUCUGAAAAGUUUCUUCUAGAUGAACACAUAAAGAUUCAUACUUCAGAAGAGAGGGAGGAGAAUUUCCCGUGCUUGGAGUGUAACGAAAUAUUCACUACGCAGUCAGAUCUCGAAAUACAUAUGACAAGUCACGUUUUUCAAGAUGCUUGCUGCAGUUCUUCAUCUGAAAAGUUACCCGACGAUGAACACAAAAGAACUCAUACCGGGGAUGAAGUGGAGAAUUUCCAGUGUUCUGAAUGUGGUGAGGUUUUCACUUUAGAGUCAGACCUCAUGGCACAUAUGAAAACUCAUAACGGAGGAAUAUGUCAUCAGUGCUCGUAUUGUAGCCGAACGUUUGCUGGUAAGAAUCACCUGACUGAACAUAUACGAACGCAUACCGGUGAGAGACCUUUUUCUUGUCCUCAAUGUGAUUGGUCAUUCAUGACAAAGUCGCAUCUAAGAAGACAUCUGAGAACACACACAGGGAAGAAACGCCAUGAAUGCGGUUAUUUUUCUAUGAAGUUUCUUGAUAAAACGCAUUUAAACGAUCAUGUGCGAACACAUACCGGAGAACGGCCUUUCCAAUGUUUUGAAUGUUUGAAAUAUUUCAACUCCACGGCUAGUCUAAGAAGUCACAUGAGAACACAUGCUGGAGAAAACUCUCAUAGGUGUUCUCAUUGCUCCACUUCGUUCUCUAUGAAGAGUCAUCUAACGGAGCAUCUAAGAUCACAUGUGAUAGAAGAGCCUCUGACUCAUUCUGGGUUACACAAGGAAGAUAGCUGCGAUACAGAGAAUGAUGAAUCUUCCAACUGUUAUACAUUUCCUGAAGAUAUCAAUCAAGAUGUGCAGAUGGGAACAGAUUUCCAGAGUUCUGAGCAUUCCGAGUCGUCCACCCCCGAGUUGGAUCUUGCAACAAAUAUAGAAACUCCCGAAGUCAAGAAGAGUCUUGAAUGUCCUCACUGCGGCCGUAAUCUUGCUACCAAGCAUCAUCUGAUUGAACAUGUCCGAAUUCAUACAGGGGAAAGACCCUUCCAUUGUUCAGAAUGUGAUUGGUCGUUCAUGACAAAGUCUCACCUCAAUAGGCAUUUGAGAACACACUCUCGAGGAAAACGUCACAAGUGUUCGCACUGUUCGGAUACCUUCACUUCAAAGAAUCGUCUAAUGGAACAUCUAAAAAAGCAUAGAGAAACACCUCAUCGGUGUUCUGUUUGUAACUCGUGGUUCACUACCGAGUCUAAUCUUAUGUCGCAUUGUAAAGUACACAACAUGGAUAACGUGGAAGCAAUGGAUCAUGAUUCUACUCCUUAUAGCAGUACAGCUUAUAAAAAUGAUAGUGUAGAUGAACGUGUAGCAGAUUCUCAGGGCUCUCGAUGCAUUGACAUUUGUAUUAAUACAGAAACAGAUCUCAUAGCGCCCAGUAGAACACAGGGUGUUCAGAGGAUCUAUGAGUGUUCUCAUUGUACAAAAUCAUUAUCCGACAUUGGUAAAUUCGUUGAGCAUGUCCGAAUGUGUAACAAGUCCUUCACAACUAAUCAUCGUAGGAAACAUUCCAAAAGACUUGGUGCAGAAAAGGCUGAUACAGGCGGUCAUAUGUGUUCAUAUUGUGGUUGUACAUUCUCUGAAAAGUGUCAUUUGGAAGAACACAUAAGAAUUCACACUGCUGAAGAAGUAGAGGAGAACUUCCAGUGUUCUGAGUGUAGUGAGAUAUUCACUACACAGUCGGAUCUCAUGAUACAUAUGAGAACUCAUGAUGGAGGAGAGUCUUUCAUAUGUAUCUAUUGUGGUAGUGCAUUCUCUGAGCAAGGUCUACUAGAUGAACACAUAAGAACUCAUAUGACGGAAGACUCUGAGGAGUUAUUCCAUUGUGUAGAAUGUGAUGAGCCAUUUGUGACAGAGUCAGAUCUCAAAACACAUAUGAGUACACAUGCUUCAGAAAGACCUUUUCAGUGUACCAGUAAGUCUUGUGGUAUUAGAUUUCCUGAAAAAUGUCAACUAGAACAACACGUUUUAAUCCAUAAUGAGGUAAAAUCAGAGGAGAAUUUUCAGUGUUCAGAAUGUGGGGAGAUGUUUAGUUUUGAGGCGGAUCUCACAAAACACAUGAAAGCAACUCAUGAUGUACGCAAGCGCCUUGAAUGUUCCUAUUGUGGCAAUACAUUUGCCAAUAAGUAUCAUUUAACAGAACAUGUCCGAUCUCAUACCGGUGAGAGACCUUUUCCUUGUUCUGAAUGCAGUUGGUCCUUCAUGACAAAGUCCCAUCUUACAAGGCAUAUGAGAACACACGCUCGAGAAAAGCCUCUCAAGUGUACCUAUUGUUCGAGAACAUUCUCUUCGCUGAGCUAUCUCACUGCUCAUGUUGAGAAGCAUACAAGAAAUGCACCUCGCUGUUCAGUGUGUAACGAAUGGUUUCCUACUCACGCUAGUCUAGCUGUGCACUCUAAAAUACACACUGAAGAUGACUCUGAUACUGGAAAUAGCAGUACACUGUCUAAAAACGGUAAUGCAGAUGACCAUGAUGGAGAAGAUGUCCAUAAUUCUGAAUGUAGUGAGGUGGAUACCACACAAAGUCAGACCAAUGAUGGUGAAAAAGCUUAUCAGUGUUCACAUUGUGCUGAAUCCUUUUCAGACAAAAUUCAAUUUGUUGAACAUGUUAGGAGUUGUAACACAUUAUUCGUCUCUAAAUCUCGUCUCAGGAAAAUUUCCAAAGUACAUAAUGCAGACAAUCCUGAGACAGGUCAUCAUAAAUGUAUUUAUUGUGGCUGUACAUUCUCUGAAAAGUGUCUUCUAGAAGAGCAUGAAAGAAUACAUACUGAUGAGGAGGUUGAGGAGAGUUUCCAGUGUUCUGAGUGUAGUGAGAUGUUCACCACACAGUCGGAUCUCACGACACAUAUGAGAAGUCAUGAUGGAGAAGGGUCUUUUGAAUGUAUCUAUUGUGACAGUUCAUUCUCUGAACAAAAUCAACUUGAUGAGCAUGUCCUAAUCCAUACGGAGGGAAAAUCAGGGGAGGAUUUUCAGUGUUCAGAAUGUGGGGAGAUGUUCACAUUUGAGUCGGAUCUCUCAAGGCACAUGAAAUCUCAUGAUGUACGCAAGCGCCUUGAGUGCACCCACUGUGGCAAUACCUUUGCCAACAAGUAUCAUCUAACGGAACAUGAAAGAUCUCAUACCGGUGAGAGACCUUUUCCUUGUUCUGAAUGUGAUUGGUCCUUCAUGACAAAGUCCCAUCUCAGAAGGCAUAUGAGAACACAUACAGGGGAAAAGCCUCAUGAAUGUACCUAUUGUCCUUUGAAAUUUGCUGUCAGGACGCGCUUGGUUGAACACAUAAGAGUCCACACAGGGGAAAGACCUUUUCAAUGUACAGAGUGUUUCAAGUUCUUUACCUCAAAGUGUAACCUCAGGAGUCACAUGAAGUCACAUACGGGAUAUAAGCCGUAUCAGUGUUCCCACUGUUCUAAAGCGUACACUAAAAAAGGUCAUCUAGCUGACCACUUAAGAACGCAUACAGGAGAAAGGCCUUUUGAGUGUUCUCAGUGUGACAUGGCGUUUAUGAGAAAAUCUCAUCUUGAGAAACAUGUAAAGUUACACAGUGCUGAAAAGUCGCAAUAAAGGUUCCUCUAUUUUCACGAGUUUUUGACAGUAAUUGAUUUGUCUAUUGGUUUUUCUAAGAGUAGGAAUGAAAACAUUCCUGAAACCUCAGUGAACAAGUUGAGAAAAAUAGAAGACAUGGUGUUAAUAUUUGAUAAUUUGUUUGUACAGCAGUAUUAAUAUCUAUAAGAUCAUAUCAUCAUUAUAACUAGUAAUUUCACAGACAAUCCUACCUCUGUAACGACCCUUACAAUGUUGCUUCAUAUAUAAUCAUUUAUACUUAUUUUCAACGUAUAUAUAUGCGAAGUCAAAAUGGACUUUGAACAUGUUUGUGUAUUUUUCAUAUUUUUGUAAAUUGUUUCAAAAUCUUCUAAAUGGAUACCGGUAUUUCAAAACCCAAUCUGCAAACCCUUUGCUUUCUUUUUUCAAUGAUUAAUAUGUUUUUUUCAUCAAAGUAAUUGCCAUUCAAAAUCAUAUGUUUAUGUAAACCUAAAGCAGUUAAUGCUUUUCUUCAAAGUAGACUUGCUUCAGAUCAAAAUUGAUUUUUAAUGACAUAACAGAUGAAGGUUUCAACUAUUAUAUCCCACCUCUGCCAUCACUAGCUACUAGAGGGAUUACAUUUAUAGUGCAAUAGUUGCAUUAAAGGGAUCCGGUAUUAAACUUUGUCUCAGAUUUUGAAACAAAAUCCUGCAGGAUUCAGCUCAUGCCGCAAUCAUACCGGGUGAUUAAAAACCUGUUUGUCAGUCAGGAACCCCAUGACUUUUACAAGCCGAUCGCCUGUCUAAUUAUCAAGAUAUUUAUGAUU